CCGUCCGCCGAAUACCUGGAUGUGCCGCCCCUCUCUGGAGCGGCCGCCCCAAGCACCUGCUUGCCAGGCUGGUGCCUGGAGCCAGCCCUGAUCAUAACAACUUAUGGAAUUACAAAAUCCCUGUAAAGGUUUUGAAAUCUGGCUCCACAAUGUUUGCCAAAUGAGGUUUGAUCUUCCCACUUUUGCAUCUAAACUGUUGAUGAACUAAUACCCAGAGCCAUGAUCCUAUGUGUAAUUCUGUAGCCACAACAAAGCUGAAAUUGAGGCACAUGUUCAGUUUAACCUUUUGGCAGUAGGAUAAAUGGGUAAAUUUCGUCCUGGAUUAGUGUAUGUGACCCUUGAAUGUCCUCUGAAUGAUGAUUAUUUGUCAGGUAAUGCAAUUAUAUUUUAUGGGUAAUGCAAUUAUACUUACCAUGUAAAAGUAGUUGCAUGUAUUUUAAUAGCAUACUUGGCUAUAGUUACUGCAGUUAACCUAAAACAUUGGUCCAAAGUGCUGUGUACAGCUCAUGUUUUCAGUCACAAUGUAAAGGGCUUGAUCUAAACCUUACUGAAGUAACUGAAAAGAUUCCUAUAGAUUUUAGUUGGCUUUGGAUCAGGCCUGAUAAAGACCAAACACUAUGUAUUUCCCAUGUUGUUCCUUCUUUAAAAUCCUGAUGAUAAUCAUUAGGAAAUUAAGUUCCAACUUAAAAGACCAUAUCAUACAUCAGUUCAGCUUAAUUUAGGGCCAACCACUUGCCUUACUUAACCCAGAAGAUUGGCCCAUACGAAAUACAUAAACUUGCAAAUGGUUGGAAGAGACCAUGGAGGGCAGCUGAAUCCUUCCAAGGUCACUUAUAACUUGCUUAAAAUGGGAGCAAAACAGCGCUGGUUUUGAAAGGACAGGGGUAGCAACAUAGAAUAUUCUUUCCUCCCACCCCCAAACCAACAACUGCAGACUCUUGUUCUCUGAGAGCCUAACUCAGGGGGACUGCAGAAUAGCAGUCAGUACAAUUUACCAUGCCAAGACUUUAAGCACAUACCGUCACUCAGUAGCAGAGGACCACUGGAGAUAAACAAGAUGUAGAUUUCUAUAAUAUUUAGCCAUGAUAUUGUAAUAAAGCUUUGGUCAUGUAACAAUAUCCUUGCAACGUUAUCUGUCUCUGUCUUAUCUUUCCCACUUCCUGCUGUUAGAUAUGGAACCAUUAUAUCAAAAGAAAUCAUCAAAAUGGAAUGAGUACAUUCUUGUUCUCCCAUGCAGUCUUUUUACAUUCCAUAAGGUGUGGCAGAAAAUGUCAGUCAGCAUGCAUGAGAAUCGCAAGUCUAGAGCCAGCACUGGCUCUAUAAACAUAUACUUAUUCCACAAAUCAUCAUAUGCUGAUAGCGUCCUUACUCACCUGAAUCUUCUACGCCAACAACGGCUUUUUACAGAUGUACUUCUCCAUGCUGGGAACAGGUCAUUCCCUUGCCAUAGAGCUGUCCUAGCUGCAUGUAGUCGCUACUUUGAAGCAAUGUUCAGUGGUGGACUUAAAGAGAGCCAGGCUAGUGAAGUCAAUUUUCAUAAUUCUAUUCAUCCAGAAGUCUUAGAACUUCUGCUGGACUAUGCGUACUCCUCCAGGGUUAUCAUCAAUGAAGAGAAUGCAGAGUCCCUGCUAGAGGCUGGAGACAUGUUAGAAUUCCAGGAUAUCCGAGAUGCUUGCGCAGAGUUUCUGGAGAAGAACCUUCAUCCCAUCAACUGCCUUGGUAUGCUGCUGCUGUCAGAUGCUCACCAGUGCACCAAGCUUUAUGAACUCUCUUGGACGAUGUGUCUUAGCAACUUCCAAACUAUCAGUAAAAGUGAAGAUUUUCUCCAGCUGCCAAAAGACAUGGUUGUGCAGCUCCUUUCCAGUGAAGAAUUAGAAACUGAAGAUGAAAGAUUAGUAUAUGAGUCAGCUAUUAACUGGGUUAACUAUGAUCUGAAUAAGCGCCACUGUUAUCUCCCUGAACUAUUGCAAACUGUGAGACUGGCUCUCUUGCCAGCCAUCUACCUUAUGGAGAAUGUAGCCAUGGAAGAACUUAUCACUAAGCAAAGGAAAAGCAAAGAUAUAGUAGAAGAAGCAAUAAGAUGCAAGCUAAAGAUCUUACAGAAUGAUGGUGUGGUCACCAGUUUGUGUGCCAGACCUCGUAAAACUGGCCAUGCGCUGUUUCUUCUGGGGGGCCAAACCUUUAUGUGUGACAAGCUGUAUCUGGUGGACCAAAAGGCAAAAGAGAUCAUUCCAAAGGCUGACAUCCCAAGUCCACGGAAAGAGUUCAGUGCUUGUGCUAUUGGCUGCAAAGUGUAUAUCACUGGAGGCCGGGGAUCAGAAAACGGAGUCUCCAAAGAUGUUUGGGUGUAUGACACUCUUCAUGAGGAGUGGUCAAAGGCUGCCCCCAUGCUGGUAGCUAGGUUUGGGCAUGGUUCUGCUGAACUCAAACACUGUUUGUAUGUAGUAGGAGGACACACUGCAGCAACUGGUUGCCUUCCAGCUUCCCCUUCAGUAUCCUUAAAGCAAGUAGAACAGUAUGACCCUGUGACCAACAAAUGGACAAUGGUUGCACCACUUCGAGAAGGAGUAAGCAAUGCAGCUGUAGUUAGUGCAAAGCUUAAGCUAUUUGCUUUUGGUGGCACCAGUGUUAGCCAUGACAAGCUGCCCAAAGUUCAAUGUUAUGAUCAAUGUGAAAACAGAUGGACAGUACCAGCCACCUGCCCCCAGCCCUGGCGCUACACAGCUGCAGCUGUUUUGGGUAACCAGAUUUUUAUUAUGGGUGGAGAUACUGAAUUCUCAGCAUGCUCAGCUUAUAAAUUCAACAGUGAAACAUACCAGUGGACUAAGGUGGGAGAUGUGACAGCUAAGCGAAUGAGCUGCCAUGCAGUAGCAUCUGGAAACAAACUGUAUGUAGUCGGAGGCUAUUUUGGGAUUCAAAGAUGCAAAACAUUGGACUGCUAUGAUCCCACAUUAGAUGUAUGGAACAGCAUAACCACAGUGCCCUAUUCACUAAUUCCCACAGCAUUUGUCAGCACAUGGAAACACCUCCCCUCAUAACUGUGUGUAUUUUGUGAUUGCAGCUUGUCAGUUUGCUCUGUUAUUUGGAGAAGAGACUUGGAAUCUCAGCUAUGGAGAAAUGGGUUUUAAUGAAGAAAAAUCGUUCAGAGUCUUUGAGUUUGAAGAAAAAUAUCUGCACCUUGUAAAUUAUCUAACCUGGACAUGAAGGAAUGGGAGGAAAAAACUGUCUUUGGUGCAUCAGCACAUGGUUUAAAUAUGAAAGAAUGAACUUAUGGUCUGAUUCCUUGUACUAGUAAUUGUGGAUUAAUGUCAGCAUUAAUCAGACCUUCAAAGGGAGGGGAUGGGGAAAAGGAAAAACAAAAGAAGUACAGAACUUUCCAUAGUUGUGCAACCUACAACUCUUGAUUUUCAUGGACUCCAUUGUGUGUGCGUGAAAUUUGAAAUGGUUGUCACCUCUCACUGUGACAGUUUGAAGCAUCAGCACCAGCUGCCAGGGAAGCAGGCCAGGUCUGAAACAGUGAGAUGUCGCUGUGAAUGAAGAUACAGCUGUGUCACUGCAGAGUACUGCUACAGGAAUUAACUUGUUUAGAGGCAGUGUCUGAAGAAUCCAUUAGAUUACCACUUUGUGGUUUCCUAUCUGCAGUGAGUGACCUUUCAUUGGAUAAGGAACAGCACAAUUAAAAAAAUAAAUAAAAGGUUUUUGCAAUAGUGGGGAACUAAAAAGAAAUAAUUUCCCCCAAAUGUUUGAUUUCCCUUCCUCCCUGUAUUUAUAGGUGACUUAAACUGUCCCAUGCCUGUUAUGUUACUUGUAGAUGUAGCUAUUUAUUGUUCAGUGCUUGCAUGCUGAAACAAUGCCUGCAGAUGUCUUCAUGUUGUAAGGAUUUGUGUGAUUUGUUGUUUGUUUUGCACAUUUUGUGGUCUCUGACUUGCUCUGCUGCACACAAAAAAGAAAACUGUUGAGUAAUAGUUGGAGGUGGGAGGGAGUGAGGGGAUGGCUUCCUCAGUCAGAAAUGGAAGGAUUACAAGGCAGGAUCUUAAAUUACACACAUACUAAAGGAAGAAGCCAUGGAGGUCACUUUCUCAGGCCACCAACUCCUCAGGUUAGAUGUGGUGUAUCCUGUAGAUAGUGUCCCUGCUCCAUUUCAUUGGCCUGCUCAUGCCUUUGAAUUUCGAAUCUGGAACUAGCCAAAACCAUUUACAGCUUUCUCUUUGUGCAGCCUCUCAGUUACCUAGAAGAUGCUGUGGGAUGGUUUCUGUGUACAGAGCCCCGAGAAAGGCAUUGGCCAAAAAAAAUAUUUAUUUAUUUAUGAGUUUAGACUAUGGGACAUUUACCUGACUGAAUGGAGUCUGGCUGACUCACAAAAACAAAAUAGAUUAGUAGUGAACUAGUUAAAAAAACAAAACAAAAAACCAACAACUUGCACUGACAGGAUUGGCUCCUCUGUCUGCAUAGAAGUGGGAUGAAUGAGUGCCAUGGUGUCAAAGACCCAAAAGGCAUGGCACAGUUGUUACAACGAAGCAUGAAAAAUUGCAGAACUAGAACUUAAAAAUAAUCCUUAAGCUCUGCUGCAUCUUUGAUCUUCACACAGCCAGAUGAGUCUUCAGACAUUUUGGUAUUGAGAAAUGUCAGAUAUGAUCAUGAUAAACCAAAGGAUUAAAAAAAAUACCCAUUUUAUUUGCUCAGUCUAGUCUUGAGUCGGGUAUGAACCCAAUCUUAACUUCAUUUCUUUACUUCUGUUUCACAGGUGCUUACCUUGCCAGAUUUCAUUGUGAAGCACGUGUUGUGUUUUUCAUAAGUCUGUUGAGCCCAACUUAAUAACAAUGUGGUCAACAACAUGGUUGUAGUAUUCUGCUGUGGUAUAAGUAAAGGAUUUUUAGUUGCAUGCAUGCAUGCAAAAAAAAAAGUAAUUACGUUGAUGUUUGCAUUUCUCUCGAUGAUGAAGUCACUGUGCUCUUUAAGCUUACCAUCUGAAAACGUUUACUGUGAUCACCCUUAAAUUUUUCUCACAAGGGAAGAAUUUUUAAAGGGUGACCCCUGGUUUGACAUGAACAGGACUCCACAACUAUAUAGUAAACGAGUUACAGUUAUAGUUCCACUAGGUUAGGUUGAACUGUUGAAAUAAUAACAAAGAAAUUUAAAAAUCAAUCCCCUUCUUCUACAUGGCUUUAAACAAUAGUCAUGCUUCUUAGGUAAAGCACCUUUCUAUAAGCCCGAGUUGCCCCAAUAAAAUAAAUGGGCUGGAUUCUUCACUGCCUUGUAUGUGGGGUAGUCAUUCACACCUGUGCAAUGUGGGUGUAAAAUGUUCCCAAAUCCAAAUUGUCACGUUUUACAUCCUCUUCGCACAGGUGUAUGUGGUUACACAAGUAACAAGGAAGUGAAGUGUUGUGUCCAAUGGGACUACUCAUUUGACUAAAGGUAUAUCUGAUCAAGCCCUCUGUUUUCUUCAUUGAAUGAAGGGAUAUAGUUCUGUCUUGAAGCUGCACCAUACAUUGCUAUUUAGCCUCUGACAAAAAUCUGUUUUAUAAUACCAUGUAACUUCCGAAAGUGGGAUGAAUUUUCUGCAGCUGUUUUCAAAGUUGUGGUGUGCUUUCAACUGCUUGAUUAAUUCCUAUGUGUAGGCUGAAGGAAACUGAAGUCAGGGUGGGCCUCAGGCCCUGCAGGGAAUAUUCUGGGCUUCUGCUCUUUGAAUUGAUGUGGGAAUUCUGGCUUACUACUUGACCAUUCCAGUCGUGCAAAACAUCCCACACUUUGAAGCAAAUGCAAUUCACAGCAGAGUGCACACAAAAACCUUGGCAUAGGACGGGAAGGUUCUUCUUAUUUUGUGGGCUGGUUGCUGUAGAAACUUAUAACAAAGGACAGCCUUCCACUUCUGGUAUAAUUGUGUAGACCCUUUUCUCUAGGCCUGACACCUGUCUAAUAAGAGUGAUUAGAGCUGAAUAAUGCCCCUUCCCUGAGUAUUGAAGAUGUGGUUCACAUACUAAAAGAAAACUGUACAAGUAAAGAAGGAAAAUGUCUAUGUUCUGUCUCUGUUUGCUACUAUAUUUUAAAGUUUUGUAAAACUGCAUUUUUUUUUUCACAAUGUGAAACUGAAGGUCAAUAAAUUAUUAGAGAUUUUCUCUUCAA